UUGGUUGCCUGACUGCUAACCUUGGUCCCCGUGCGCUUGUGUCUGAGUAUUAGGACCGUCCGACUAUCAGAGUUUGGUGCCACCGCAUCGAGGGGCGCCGAUGGGACAUGUGCGGAGGACAUAGAUGGGGUGUCUCAGGUAUCUCGGCCUUGAAGGGCCUCAUUUAUCGAGAACCGAUGUCUUCUGCUGGGUAAUCGGUCACCGGGACCCGGACGCGCUGGACUCCUCGUGGCGGAGGGUCCCCGUCAUGGCUGAUCGGGGCGCCGCGGCCGCGCUGCUGCGCGAGUGUCUGCAGGCGCUGGGCCGGCUCCAGCGGGGCGCGUCGCCGGAGCCCCGGGAGCGCGCGGGCGAGGACCCGCGGGGCGCAGCUCCACUCCCCAGCGAGUUAAGGACCCUCAUCCAGGAGGCAAAGGAAAUGAAGUGGCCCUUCGUGCCUGAGAAGUGGCAAUACAAACAAGCCGUGGGCCCCGAGGACAAAACAAACCUGCAGGACGUGAUCGGCGCUGGGCUGCAGCAACUACUGGUGUCCCUGAAGGCCUCCAUCCUCACCCGGGACGGUGACACCGCGGCUGCCAUCCUGUUCCUCAGCGACCGGCUCCUGUAUGGGCUCGACCUGUCCGGCCAGCUGCUGCGGAUCGCCAAGGGGCUGCACAGGCUCUGGCCAGCCACGCCGAUGGCCCCACAGGUGCUCAUUCGCCAGGCCCGAGUGUCAGUCAACUCAGGGAGACUCCUGAAGGCCGAGUACAUCCUGAGCAGUCUGGUCAGCAGGCGCGGGGCAGCAGGCACCUGGCUGUACAGGAACGACAGCGACAAGCUCCUGGUGCAGUCGGUCUGCAUACAGAUCCGAGGGCAAAUUCUGCAAACGCUAGGGAUGUGGUGCGAGGCAGCAGAGCUCACGUGGGCCUCCAUCGCCGGAUACUGGACCCUUCCUCAGCCAGAUAAAAAGGGUAUCUCCACGUCGCUGGGGAUCCUGGCAGACAUAUUUGUUUCCAUGAGCGAGAAAGAGUACGAAAAGUUUAAAAGCAACUCACAGAUGAACUUGGGCCUGCUGAACGAGUCUGAGCACCGUCUGCUGUCGGCCGCGGAGGCCUGCAAGCUGGCCGCUGCCUUCAGUCCCUACACGCCCCUCUUCGUGCUCACAGCCAUGAAUAUCCGCGGCACAUGCUUGCUGUCGUAUGGUAGUUCUCAGAACUGUCCUCCAGGAAUGAAACGCGUGUAUGUGUGUGAGGCCAAGGAGGCCUUUGAAAUUGGCCUCCUCACCAAGAGACACGACGAGUCAGUGACUGGAAAACAGGAGCUUCACAGUUUCCUCAAAGCUGCGUUCGGUCUCACCACGGCACACCGAAGGCUCCACGGGGACACGGAGGCGGUCGGCGCGGCCAGGCAGCUGUGCGGUGAGGCCGUGGGGAAGCUAUACGCGGUCAGCAUUACGGCAGGACGGCAGGACAGAGAGACCCUCUCUCGGGAGAUCAUGUCUCUCGUCGCCCAGGUGAAGGGUCAUUUACAGGUUUCAAGCUUUCCCAGUUUCGAUGACAGGUCUUAUGUCCCAGUGGGCUUCAUGCACGGGCUAGAGAAGCCCGUCCUGCAUGGGCAAGUGGACUUUCAAAAAGUCCUUGAAACCUACUCACAGCACCAUACCUCAGUGUGUGAAGUGUUUGAAAGCAAGUGUGAACACGAGAGUAACCAGGAAGAUACAAACACAGCAGUGUGUAUCACAGCACUAAGAACAGAAACGAAAACCUUAGGCACCAUGGGAACCGAAGACAAUGCAUGUUUCCAGAAAGGCCCGAGAAUGGCUGAGAACAGGCAGGAGACACUCAAGGCGGCCCGAAGGGGACCCAGGGCCCUCCCUGAUGCUUCUGGGGUCUCCUUGGAUAGUGGGGUGGAGACGGAGACCGAGUCACCAGCCCAUGGCAGUGGCACCGGGGCUGCUCUGGACAAGUCCCCGAGUGACAGCCAGACCUGCAGCUGUUGGAGCAAGUCCUCAGGGUGCAGCUCCCCCGCGAGCUGGGAGGAAGUGAGUGACGGUGCUGCUGACAGGUCUCCCGGAAACGGGCCUGGCCAGGAACAGCGUGUGGCCCCUCCGUGCCCCGCUGCCCUGUCUGAAGAGCCGGAGACCCGCAGGCACAGCAGAGCCGCACACGCACUGUCUUCUCAGCUUCAGGGCCUCUCUUUCCAGGAUGGCAGUUCAGAGUCUCCCGAAAGUCAGCUGCACAAGCAGCUGCCCCCAACCGCCGUCCCUCCUCAUAACACAAGAGGCUUGUCCUCGGCCCCUGGCGCAGGGCUGUUGGAAGGGGCUCUAGAAGACACGCCCCAAGUCACAAGCGUGGGACCCACAGAUUCUUCUGCUCGCUCCAGACCCUCACUGGGACCUGCUUCUGGUCAGCCCAAGAACAUGACCACAUAUGCUUUGAUCCAAGAAGAGGAAACCUCUGAACUAACUGAUGAGUUUCCAGAAAUCAGCUGUGAUGCCAAGGACAGGUGCGGGGAGAAGGGAGAAGAGCUGACAAGGGGCCCCAGCCCCACAUCGGAAGGCAGCACCUCCUGGGUGGACCCAGAAGGAGACACAGUGGACCCUCCCGGGAUCCCCGAUGGCUCUCUGGGCCAAAGUUCCACGACGGCGUGCUGCUCUUUCACUCCUCCUUGGCCUGUUCCAAAUCCUGACUCGGGACAAAGCGGCGGCUCCCUCAGGGAGCAGGACCCUGAGCCCGACGCCCCCACGGGCGAGGAGGAUGGCCAGCUGCCCCAGCACACGGCUGCUCGGCACCCCGGGCCGCGUGGCUCCCACAGGCAUGGCCAGGGGAUGGAGACCCCCAGAUGCUCCGGAAGCAGCGGCCGUCCCUGCCCUGUCCUCAGCGAGGACUGCACUACCACCGAGGAGGGGGACGGACCUGGAGACGUGCUCAGGGGCCGCGGGGGCGCCGGCUCGUCCUCCUCCUCAGCGUGCUGGUGGAAAUCUCCUUCAGUUCCCAGCGGCUCUGGGGGGCGGGUGGCCCGGUCCUGUCUGGACCCCAGGGGGAGCUCUUUCGUCUCGUUGCCAGGAAUGACCAGGCGGGAUGACCUCGAGCCCUGCACCCUAAAGCCUGAUGACUUUGAGAAACUGCUGGCAGGGGUGAGGCACGACUGGCUGUUCCGGAGACUGGAGAACACGGGUGUUUUUAAGUCCAACCGACCGCACCGGACGUACGAUGCUCUGUUGUUGAAAUAUUCUAAGAAAUCCGAAUUGUGGACAGCCCAGGAAACUGCUGUAUAUUUGGGGGACUACCUGAACGUGAAGAAGAAAGGCCAACAAAGAAAUGCGAUUUGGGUUCAUUAUCUUCACCAGCAGGAGGCUCUGGGCAGGUAUGUGGGGAAGGAAUACAAGGAACCGAAGGGGCUCUGGUACCACUUCACCGACGUGCAGCGGCAGAUGACCGCACAGCACUACGUCACAGAAUUCAACAAGAGACUGUAUGAGCAACAGAUCCCCACACAGAUAUUCUACAUCCCAUCUGCGGUACUGCUGAUUUUGGAGGGCAAGACAGUACAGGGAUGUAUCAGUGUGGAACCUUACAUGCUGGGAGAAUUUGUAAAACUGUCAAAUAACACAAAAGUGGUGAAAACAGAAUACAAAGCCACAGAAUAUGGUUUGGCCUACGGCCAUUUUUCUUACGAGUUCUCGGGUCAUAGAGAUGUCGUGGUCGACUUACAAGGCUGGGUGACUGGUAACGGAAAGGGGCUCAUCUACCUGACAGAUCCCCAGAUCCACUCUGUUGAUCAGAAAGAUGUCACCUCCAACUUUGGAAAAAGGGGAAUUUUCUACUUCUUUAAUAACCAGCAUGUGGAAUGUAAUGAAAUAUGCCGUCGUCUUUCCCUGACAAGACCUUCAAUUGAGAAACUAAACGAGCCAUAGACUGGACAAGGCUGUGACAGUGUAGUGGGGGCUGUGACAGUGUAGUGGGGGGCUGUGACAGUGUAGUGCUGCUCUCCAGUGUCAUGUUGUCCUUCCAGGUACAUGCAUGGCACAGCCUGGUCCCUGCAGGCUUAGGUGGGGUCAUGGCUGGCUCAGGACAGUGAUUUCUGAGAGCGCUGAGCAGGGUCACUUGCAGGCCCAUGUUCGAAUGCCUGGGCAAGACCCCUGCGUCUCUGCCCCUGUGCCAGCGUUACCAAGAGCACCUGUCCUGCCGUGAGGGCGACUGGGGAGGAACCCCUGACGGGUGAUGGGCAAAAGGGGACAAAUAAACUUCUGUGGCUCAAGCCAUCAAAAUUUGGGGGCUUUUGCCACAAUCUAUCAAGACUAACACUAUUGGUGUUUCUCUUACUGAUUUAGAAGUUCUUUAUACAUACUUAAGAAUUCGGGAUUUUGUGGUACAAGUUCCAGUUUUUUCUGUUUGUCUUUUGACAUCUUUGUGUGAAACGUUCUUCUCUGCAGAUUUGUUUUGCAUAGUUAAAUGCAUCCAUUUUUAUGUUAUGGCUUCUAGGUUUGCGUCUUCUGUACAUGUCCCCUGCUCCGGGUUUCUGGGUUGCGAAUCUCCCCUCCCACCAGGGCACUCACGUCGGGGAGAGGAGUGUGGGCAGCGACACCGUCCAUGCCCGACCACAGAGACCUGCUCCUUCACACAGGUUUGGGGGCAGCUCCUCCUCAAUGCGGCAUAGCAGCAACCCACAGUGGGCCCUGGGAACCCCGACUUAUGGCCUUUCAGACAGAAGUACAGGUGGCAAGCUGGGGGGUGCGACUGGCGUGUGGAGUGGGGACUGUGCUGUGGUUCUGACGCUGACCCCAGGUGGAGGGGUCACACCUGAGAGGAGCUUGGGACUUCCUGCUGGUGUCAGCUGUGCUGAUGGGGGUGGUGGCGUCUGUGAGCACACAGAAAGGGUAACAGAAUUAGCAGGCACCACACUGCACACACCCCCAGUGAAAUAACGGACCUGGGCAGGAACCCCGAGAGCUGCUCACCUGGAGGACGGCGUGCGUGGGGCCCUUUCUGUCGGCCAGUGGGGCGUGUGCCUCAACAGCCCGACGCUGACAGUGGGACAGUGAGCCAGUGACAAAGCCACAUCUGGGGAACGAUUAGGGGUUUUUAGUGUGAACUGUUAGAUAAAAUUAGUGAAGUGAUAUCUUAAACUUUUCUAAUUUCCUCCCCAUUCUUUAAUGUUUAUUUCUCACAGCAAAAUGGAUAAUGGGAAAUUUUCAAUUUUUAGAAAAACUCCAUUAUCGUUUUUGUAAAUGGAACUAAGUAAUUUUUAUUUUAAUCUUUUGCAUGUAGGGUUGUAAAAUGACAAUGUUUAAAAAGCUAAGUUUCAGGAGUUGAGUCCGACUUAAGGAGACUUAAUUCUUGUCCCUUCAGACAUCAGAAGCGCCAGGCUUUUGUUCCGUCUCUCAGCGCUGCUGUUGCUGUGAGGACAACCCGUGCCCUCUAUGGUUUGGAUGCAGCUCUGUAGAAACUAGGUGUAAAGUGUAAGGAGCAAGAGAGAGCAGGAGAAACAAACAAGUCUCUCUAUGUGGUGCCCAGUCCUCCAGUGACAGGGAGCUCUGCAGCUGCACAGGGAGGAAAACGCUUUCAGAGCCCCAACGCCAGUGUGAAUAGCCCUUGCUCGAACGCUCCCGCUUUGUCAGGUGAACAUGAGCCGGGCCAUCAGACCGGCCGUCCGCACUGCACACUGUCUGUCCCCCCGGGGCACACAGCGUCCUGACUGUUGUUGAAAGAGAAUAAGCAAUCCAUCAUUGAGCCGGGGCGUCACUCUCCAUAGAAAAGUGAAAUCAGCUGUGACACUGCUCAGCCCUCCCGUUUUGCAGAUUAAAAUGAUACAUGGCAGCUCACGUGUCACGAGGACGAUUAAGUUGGCCAUCUUGUUCUGUGACCCAGACAAAAGAACUCCCCUCGAGCAGUAAGGGAGCUUUACAGAAGCCGGAAAAGUUGGACUCAAUUGUCUGGUGUAAGACAGAGAAUUUAACAAGAGGACAGAAAAAGACUGUUACUUCCCAUCUACGCGGCCUCUGCGCAGGACGGCACAGGGACCCGCCCUGAAGGGGCCUAUGUCUGUACAAGCCCCGGCCGCUGGAGGUGCCACUUCGUCACCAGAGAUGGACACGCAGCUUAUCGUGACCGCCUCCGCGACUGAUUUGAACGUGGCGCAGUCACCAGGCCCCGGGCACUCGCUCCAGGAUGGUGGGCCGGUGUCCAGCAGCUACCGCACUGGGUUCCUAGUGUGGCUAUUCCAUUGUGAGGCCCGCACAUGAGUAUUGAAGCCCUAAGUGACUUUCACACAGAAAGGAGAUCACAAUGGCAGGCCUUUAAGUCCCCAAGCCAAGGCAAAUCAUUGUCAAAAGACAGAAAAUCGCACUUUUUGAAUAACUGAAUCUGUGACUGGGGUGUAUUUGUUUUUUGUUUUGUUUUGUUUUUAAAGAUUUUUAUUG